AUGUGGAAUUAUCUUCGCUCAUACAUUAUUUGGCUCCAUGCACCCGAACAUGUGGCCAGAUUUCAACAAUACUUCGGUGUUGUGUCCAACAUCACUCAACCACCUGACAUUAUUCCAAAACAUGACGAAAAUAACCUAAAUCGCAAUAAUAAUAACAAUAAUGUUGUGAUUGACGAUAAUAUGGACAAGAAUUUCUCUGACAAUGAGAUUCAUCAUCGACGUUCGAAGGAGACUAGUAGUUACGAUUCGAAUGUUUUGGACGAAUGUAUUGAAGAAAUUCAUCAUAGUCAACAUCAAGAAGACAAACUACCGGAAAUUGAUUAUAAGAUUACAUCAUGGUUUUGGUAUUACUUCUUUCAAUUCGGAGCAGCACUUGGUAACGAAAUUUUCUACAUCUUAUUCUAUCCCACAUGGGUAUGGAACGUUGAUGGUGCCGUAGCGAGAAAGAUAUCCGUACUCUGGGCAUUCUUUAUGUACAUUGGACAGGCAACGAAAGAUAUUUUGGCAAUACCACGACCUGCUUCGCCACCAGUACUGAAACUGGAAAAACGUUAUGUCGAGGAAUACGGCUUUCCUUCUACGCAUGCAAUGUUUGCAGCUGGUAUCCCAUUAUCACUCGUUCUGCUUUCAUAUCAACGUUACGAUUUUCAUCUGUGGGCUGGAUUAGUUCUAGCAGGGAUUGUCUGUGUAUGGGUUUGUCUCAGUCGUAUCUAUCUUGGCAUGCAUACAUUUCUCUUAUGUAUGAAAAGAGACAUUGUUGCUGGUACAUUGUACGCUUUACUAUUAGUUUACAUCAUGUUUCCAUACGUGGAUUCGAUUGAUGAUUUUCAAUUGACACAUUCAUUUUCUCCUAUCCUGAAUUUCUGUCUGGGAAUUCUUCUGAUUAAAUGCUAUCCAAGUUUGAAACAAUGGUCAACAGCUCGUUCAGAUACGACAGUUAUCCUGGGUAGUGCGUUUGGUUUGUGUUCAGCAACGACUGCAAUGCAUCAAAUAGGCCUUCUACAACGACCGUUAACUCCACCUCUCUACUCAAUUAUCGCACCCAAUCUAGGCUUGUGUAUCAUACGCACCAUACUCGGCAUGUUAUUUAUUUAUGCAACGCGACAGAUUGUGAAAACUGUUGUCUUACGCGUGACAUGCGCGAUCUACGGACUCGAUUGGAAAAAUCCGGAAUCAAAACGUUAUGCCAAAGUUGAAAUGCCUUAUUAUUAUCUGACAUAUUUCGCUAUUGGAUUCAACAUCUCUUUCACAUGUCCGUUAAUAUUCCGAGCGCUAGGAAUCAAUCGUGACUAUAGCUAUACAGAGUUGUGA